GUAGACUGCUGACUGGGAGCUUCUGUGCGUCUUGUAAUUCGUGAAACCAUUGGUGAAAUCCCUGAAGAAGAGCUGUUGCUUAAACGAAGAACAGCAUUUUUAACGAGGCGAGUCUUCAAUAAAAGAUCUUUCUUCUUUCUGCGGACAGACUUCAAGAUUCUUCUCUGGGGUGGUACUACUACAUUUUCUUCUGGGGCAGAACUUCUUCUCCUUGAAUCGCCAUGUUCAGCCUCAUAGAGAAGAUUAAUUGCUCCUUCAUCCAUUAACAGGCGAUCUACUUCACCCUUUCUUCGUUUCACAUUUUCCUUGCUUUCCUUCUUCUUCUGAGCUGCUUUUUCAGAGUUUUCAGGGCUUUGCUUAGGAGGAGGUGAAGGUUCUGGAACCUUGGUAUCCGUGGCUUUUGGUUUGACUGGACUGCUCUCUGGUUUGACACUUUCUACAUUAUUAUUUGUAGACAGCAUCUCUGGUGUCUGAAGGUUUGGUGAAGCAUUUGUAUUGGGUGUCCUUUUCUUUGGACUAUAUGUUCUAAUAGGUGUAGUGAAUGAUCGAGGAAAUUCUGGAAAAUCAUCAAUAAGUGAUGAACUUUGAGUAUCUUGACUUUCAUUCAAAGAAUCUGAUUUAGACACACUAGCAUUUGAUCCUCUAUUAGAUGUUCUCACAUUACUUCCUUCAAGUGGACUAGCUGUCUUCUUUCUUCCGUCACCCACUUGAUUUUUUCCAGAUGUGGCAGGAGAAAUAGAUUUCUUUGGCUUAGAGUCAGAAACAGAUUUUGUGUCUUUAGCACUUGCAGCUGCACCUUUACCUUUAGCUACUGCAUUUGUACCCACAUUUCUUUCCGUAUUAUUAUUGUUAUUAUUGUUAAUACUACUUGGAGAAGCAUUCUUUGAAUUUUUUAAUUUCUUCGGACUUUUCUCUUCAGUCUUUAUGACAUUAGCUUUCGAGUCACUUUUACUUUGAACUACACUCUUCUUCCCAGAGAUCCUAGGUUUUUUAACUUCUCCAACUGGACUCUCUUCAUUUUUCCUUUUGCGCCCUUUUGUUACAACCGGUGUCCCAGAAGCACUGCCAGACGAAUUCAAUACAUUUGAUUUAGUAGUAUUCUGUGCAUUGCCUUUGAGACCAACUGUUCCAUUUUCUUUAUUCAAUGGUUCUUUUUUACCCUGAGAUCUUUGUCUUUUCAUCUUUUCAUCAGGUUUUUGAACUUUAUUUGACUUCCUUCUCCGAGAAUUAUUUUGAAAUUCCAUGAGCUGCUUUAGUGCUAAUUCUUUCUCAAGGAGUGGAUCCAACUUCACAUUAGUAAUGUGAGAAAUAGGUGGUGGAGGAACAUGUUCAUGGACAACUGUUGCCACAGAAGUCUGUGGUGUUGCAGCUGCUACAGACGCUGGACUCCAAUCAGGAUCUCCAUCUCCCUCAAGAAUAGCUAAGAGAUCCCUAUGAUCUGCUAUGGCAGGUGAUGUCGCAGUUGAAGGAUGUUUUAAAGGAAUAGUGCGAUUAACUUCUGGAGAUUGUUGUUGGGUUGUCCUAACUGCUGCACGAGAUGCUACUGACACUUGCGCACCACUUGGAGACAAACGGUUAGCAAGCCUCUGAGUAAGUUUAAUGGCAAAAAAUAAAUCACCACCUUCUGGCACAUUGCGAACUGGAUGCUUCUUUAGCGACCGUUCAAGUAAUUCUUGGGCUAAUUCAUCUUGAGUCACUAUUUGACUUGUCAGAUUGCGAUAAGGCACUUUAACACCGAGACGAGGUUUCUGUAAUCUGCGACCAUGAGAAACUAUAUCUUCUACUGGAUUAUUAACAUUGCGUCCCAUUAAAUGAGGUGGAACAGGAAAACUUGGAGUAGCUAAUGGUUGCGGCAAUGAAGCUUUCUCUCCAACGUUUGUGCUCCUCAAUGUGUGUUGUUGUGGCAUUCUGGGAGCUGCUGCAAGAGGCUCAGCAGCAAGACUUGGUACAAGUAUGAUAAUUAAAACUUCCUAUUCAGUGCAGUACUGAGUAACAGUCAUAACAUAACAUUUUUGGUCAUUUAAACAGUUCAUUUACAGCCGAACGAAAGGCACUCUUUCAUCUGAAGGCACUAUCACCAAUUAACACAAAAAUUGCAUUAGUAGGAUGACUUUCAUGUUGAAGAGGAAAUACGAUUCUCCCAAACCUGUUUUCCCCCAGUGUGGCGGUCCUGUUCUUGCGCAUGCGUCACCCGAAAAUGCCCGAUGCCCACCAAAAGCUUCACGUUGCGUCGCUGUAUUUCCGGUUCGACUUACCAGCCUGAACGCAAAAGGGGUUCGGGCGUACUUGGGGCGAAUAGUGUCCAACGGUAGAGCAUACGAGUGAUCUUUAUCAUGGAAAACAUGGCACUGAUGAAGACAUACAAGCAUCUUUUAAUUUCUACAAGAUCUCAUUUGCGAAUAAUUACAUUAAAUAGACCCAAAUCGAAAAAUGCUAUCAACACAGAAAUGUAUGAUGAAAUCGUAUGUGCCCUUAAUGAGGCUGCUAAUGAUGAUAAUAUUGUAAUCACUGCAAUUACUGGUGCUGGUGAUUACUAUUGCAGUGGAAAUGAUUUGCGGAAUUUUAAUGAUGCAGGUGGUGAUCUGGGAGAAACAAUUAAAAAGGCUUCUUCAAAUUUACAAAAAUUUGUACAAACAUUUUUUGAAUUUCCAAAAAUACUGGCAGCUUUGGUGAAUGGCCCUGCAAUAGGUAUUGCCGUUACUACAUUAGGUCUGUUCGAUGUGGUGUAUGCAUCUGACAGGGCUAGUGAAAUAUUGUACUUCAAUAAGAAAUUUACUGCUCAAGAGGCCAAGGAAUGCAGACUGGUGACAGAAGUUAUCCCGCAUGAUAAGCUUGAUCGUGUAUUGCCAGAGCUAGAAAAACUGAGUAAUCUUCCAUCAAAUAGUCUAUUGUAUUCAAAAGCACUUGUUCGCAACCAAGAGAAAGAAAAUUUACAAAAGGCUGUGGAGGCUGAAUGUAAGAGAUUGGAAGAACGAUGGCAGUCUGAAGAUUGUUUAAAUGCUGUGAUUGCAUUCAUGAGUAGAAAGAAUAAAUUGUAGAAAAAAAUAUUUACAGAACCAAAAUUAUUUUAUACAUUUUUAUUGUAACUAGUAAUGGAAGUGGGAAAUACUGAAUUGAGAAUAAACAGCAUUGUACUUUUUAUAGGCUUUUCUAUUAACUUCCACAUCUGUCAUCAGAUUUAUAUUUCCAAUACUUUUCUGUGGCUCAGAGAUAUUAUUUCCCUUCACUCAAAUAUUCAUUUUGUUAAUAAUUUUUAUUUGGGUAUUUGGGAUAUUUGGGAUAUUUGUUUGGGUAACUUGUCUUUCAUAACAUUUGUAUGAAAAGGAAAGCUUUAUAUAUCUUAUUUCUUUGCUUGUUCAAAUAGUAUUGAAAGAAAAUAAGAUACUUAAAAGAAAGAAUUGUUAAAGGUCUAUCACAGUCAAACUUUAUUUACAUGAAAAGUACUAUUAAUAAAAUAU